AUGUUGUGCCACGAACUUCUUCUUCUCGCGCUGGGCUUGAGCCAGGCGACGGGCUCCCUGCUCAGCCAGCAGCAGCAGCCAUUGGGCGUUGGCGAAGGCAAAGCCGCAUCAUUCGACGCCACGACCGACAACGCGCCGGCAUACCGAAAUGACCUGCUCGCCCUCCACAAGAACCUCGUCGACAUCUCCUCCACGACGGGGGCCGAACACGAAGUCGGCGCCUUCCUGAUCGACUACUUCAUCUCGCGGUCAUGGCACUACGAGGUGCAGAAGGUAGUCCCCAGGAACAACACCCCCGAGGGCAGCGACCGGCUCAACGUCGUCGCGUGGCCCCCAUCAAAAAGCUCAAAACACCACGCCACGAAGCCCGACCCCAAGAUCCUUGUCACCAGCCACAUCGACGUGGUCCCACCGCACAUCCCCUACUCCAUAUCCGACGGCAAGGUAACGAGGUCCACCACCAUCGCGGGCCGGGGCUCCGUCGACGCAAAGGGCAGCGUGGCGGCCCAGCUCACAGCCGUGCAGGCCCUGCUGGCGCGCGGCGCCGUCGCGCCCGAGGACUUGAUGGUGGCGUACGUGGUAGGCGAGGAGCGGUACGGCGACGGGAUGCAGGCCUUCUCGGCGCACGCGAGGUCCUCCUCGCUGGCCUUCCGGGCGGCCAUCUUCGGCGAGCCGACCGAGAACAAGCUGGCGUGCGGGCACAAGGGCACCAUGACGUGCGAGGUGGCGGCGGCGGGCAAGGCCGGCCACAGCGGGUACCCGUGGCUGGGCAAGAGCGCCAACGAGGUGCUGGUCCGGGGCCUGGCGGCGGUCGUGUCGGCGGACCUGGGCAGCAGCGAGCGGUUUGGGAACACCACUGUGAAUAUUGGGACCAUGCAGGGCGGGGUGGCGCCGAAUGUCAUCCCCGCCCACGCCGCUGCGACUCUGGUGUUCCGGGUUGCUGUCGGGCCGCAGGAGACUGGGCAUGAGAUUGUGCGGGAGCGGAUGAAGGCCGUGCUUGCGUCUGUGGAUGAUGAGGCGCUGAGUGUGGAUUGCCCUGGGGGCGUUGGCGUGGUGCCUUGUGACUGUGAGGUGGACGGGUUCGAUACUAUUGUCGCCAACUAUGGCACCGACAUCCCGUUCCUGGAGGGCAACCACACCCGGUACCUGUAUGGACCUGGCAGCAUCCUAGUCGCCCACGGCGAUAACGAGGCGCUGACAGUGGGCGACCUGGAGGACGCGGUGGAGGGCUUUCAGAAGCUCAUCUUGCAUUCUCUGAAGCACUAA